AUGGCUUUGAGCACCCAAAUAGCCUCCUCAUCAUCUCAUGCUUUGGCUGAGUCAUCUCCCCGUUGGAAGUUCGACGUUUUCUUGAGUUUCAGAGGUGAAGACACGCGCCGGGGUUUCAUCUCCCAUUUAUACAACAAACUGCAGUUCUGCCAAUUAUUCAAGACUUUCAUCGACGAUCGAGAGCUUGAAAUAGGAUCUGAGAUCUCCCCGGAGCUAUUAAGCGCUAUCGAACAUUCUCAUCUCGCCAUCGUUGUUAUCUCACCCCACUAUGCUUCUUCCACUUGGUGCUUGGAUGAGCUUGCCAAGAUCAUCGAGUCUAUGAACCCCGGAGAUAAGAGAGUUCUCCCGGUUUUCCUUAAUGUGGAUCCGUCCGACGUUCGACAUCAAAGGAAUAGCUUUACUGAAGCCUUUGCUGAGCAUGAAGUGAAGUUCAGUGAUGACCCCAAGAAGGUGGAGAGGUGGAGACAUGCUUUGAGAAAAGUGGCCAAUCUAUCUGGAUGGGAUGCAAAGAAUUAUAAAUGUGAAAGUGUGCUUAUAGAAGACAUUGUGAAACGUGUGUGGGAGAAAGUUCGUCCCAUGAUCACAUUGUACAAUUCUGAUGAAAAGUUAGUCGGAAUGGAUUUUAGACUUGGGCAAAUGGAUUUGCUUUUAGCUCUUGAGGAAAAAGAUGUUCGAUUUAUAGGUAUAUGGGGUAUGGGUGGAGUGGGUAAGACUACCCUGGCUCAGCUAGUGUAUGAGAGAAUUUUCCAUGAUUUUGAAGUUGCUAAGCUUCUUGAUGUCAGGAAGUCUAAUGGUCAGCUAGUCAACCUUCAAAAACAGGUACUUUUCCCAGUCCUGAAGGAAAAUGUUUCACAAGUUUUUAAUGACUACGAAGGAACCAUUUUCAUUAAAAGAUGUAUGCAUAAUAAGAAGGUUCUUCUUGUUGUUGAUGAUGUUGAUAGCUGUGACCACCUAAAACAAUUAGUUGGAGAUAAAUCUUGGUUCGGUGAGGGAAGCAGAAUCAUUGUUACAACUAGAGAUCAACGUCUCCUCACCGAACAUCAUAUAGAAAUAUCACUCGAGUUGCUGCAAUUGAACAGCAGUAAUUCUCUUGAGCUCUUUAUUCACAAAGCCUUUGGAAAAGAUCAGCCAGAGGAAGGGUUUCUAGAGCUUUCCAAGUGUUUUGUAGAUUAUGCCAAAGGGAAUCCAUUAGCUCUUAAAACUCUGGGAAGUUCUUUGUAUCAGAGAAAUAAAUAUGAAUGGAAUAGUAUGUUGAAUUUACUAAAGAGAGAUCCUGAUCCGACAAUUUUCAAAUCGCUCAAACUAAGUUAUGAUGCGUUGAGUGGUUUGCAACAGAAUAUUUUCUUAGACAUUGCAUUCUUCUACAAGGGGAUGAAGAAGAGGCGAGUUACGGAACUGCUAGAAUAUUGUUAUGGCUUUAAUGUUGUUAUUGUGAUAAAUGCUCUCAUUGAGAAAUCUCUCUUAAGUAUUGAUCACAAUUACAAUGUUUGGAUGCAUGGUUUGGUACAAGAAGUGGCAUGGAAAAUUGUUCGUGACGACUCUGGUGAUCAUGAUGAGCCCGGUCGUCACAGCCGUUUGUGCCAUCGUCAUGAUAUAUUUCGUAUAUUCACAACAAAUACGGGAACAGAAGCAAUCAAAGGCAUCUGCUUGGAUCUAUCAGAAUUAGAAGAGGCUGAUUCAAAUUGGAAUUUUGAAUGCUUCUCUAAGAUGCUCAAACUUAUGUUUCUUAAAUUUGAUAAUUUAAUAGUUAGUUCAGGCCCCAAAUUCCUCCCAAAUUCUUUGAUAAUACUCAAAUGGAUUUGGUAUCCGUCCAAGUCUCUUCCAGCAUGUUUCAGACCAAAUUUACUUGUUGAACUUGAAAUGCGGAAUAGCCAACUCGUUGAGCUUUGGGAUGGAAGACUGGACUUGCCUAAAUUGAAACGUAUGGAUCUUAGUGUCUCCAAAUAUUUGAAGAAGACCCCAGAUUUCACAGGUAUGCCGAAUCUUGAGGACUUGCAUCUUGCAGAUUGUGAGGGUUUAGUUAAGGUCCAUCCAUCCAUUGCAGUGCACAAAAAACUUAAGUGGUUGACACUCCACGGAUGCAAAAACGUUAAGAGCUUCCCAAGUAAGAUUGAAAUGGAUUCCCUCGAGUCUCUCUACCUAACCAACUGCUCAAAACUAAAGAUUCCAGAAUUUGGAGAAAGGAUGGAAAAGCUGUCUUCCCUUUGCAUAGACGGUACUGCUACUGAGAAACUACCUUCAUCAAUUGAACAUCUGGUUGGUCUUGAGUGUUUGGAUACAAAUAAGAGCAAAAGUCUCCAGACUAUAUCGGGUACAUCAAUUUUUAAACUGAAGUCUCUUGAAUAUCUCAAUAUGUCAGGAUGCCCAAAACUGAAGAAACCGUCUAUGAGAAGUAAGCUUGACUCCUUAUUCAGAAGAAAGAGUAUAGAGCCUUCGUUGCCAUCUCCAAGGGCUUUACCGUCUUUGACGUGGUUAGAGCUAACUGAUUGUUAUCUUAGUCAAGGAGUAAUCCCCGAUGAUAUUGGCUACUGCUUUCCAUCUCUAUAUCACUUGCAUCUUGGUGGAAAUGAUUUUAUUACUCUUCCCGCAAGCAUUAAAUGCCUUUCUAAGCUUAGUUUAAUUGAUUUGACGGGGUGCAAAAGGCUUCAACAAUUACCGGAUCUCCCAUUGAAUAGGCAUUUACAAGUAUUGGUAGACAAUUGUGAUUCCUUAAAAAAGUUGUCAGAACCAUCACAGCAGGGCACAUCCUCCAAUUUGGAGAUGUUUCGUUUAAAAACUGUGAACUGCUUUGGAUUGAUUGAUAAUGAAGGCUUCACUAAUGGAAUAUUUUCGAUGCUAAGGAGAUUGGCUGCUCAGGGAAUCUCUCCGGUCUUUCGUCCAUCAUUUGAUAUUGUAAGUCCUGGAAGUAGAAUCUUAGAGUGGUUUGAUAUUCGAAGCGAGGGAGGCUCAUUGACUGUAGAGCUGCCUCCAGAUCGAAAAACUUGUAAAUCAGUGUGGAUGGGUAUUGUGUUUUGUGUUGUUUUUGCUGAUAUGAAAGAACCUCACACUCUUGAGUAUAAUCAGUUCGUAAUUGAAGGUCUAACAAAUAUGUGGCAUAAGGGAAAGCACUGUCUGAAUCUAACAAAUCUGAGGCAUAAGGGAGAUCAUCUUUGGGUGUCUUUUAUGCCUCAUGAUCAAAUCCGGGAUACCACAAGCUGCUCUACAGUCUCAUUUGACGCGUAUUGUCAUUCUUGGAGUGGUCCUCGUAUUCCAUGCCCGAAUUGUGUGAAGAGGUGUGGAGCCCGAUUGUUGUACGAGCAAGAUUUGAAAAACUUACUCAAUCCACCCACCGACAUCAUGAAACGGAGUCUUGAAAUAUGCGACUCAGAGGGAGGCAGAAGCAAGAGGAGAAGGUCCGAGUAA